UCGCAAAUGAAGUAGAAAAAUAAUUAAAAUUCUCUGACUGGAGAGAGAUAGGGCAAUCGAGAAUGGAGGCGUCGAAGGAGGUCGACGGCGGUCCCUCGACCAUGACCGUCCACGUCAAGUUCACCGGGCGGACGCUCCCCGUCUCCCUGCAGGAGGAUGCCACCGUUAAUGAACUGAAGUCCCUUCUCCAGCCACUCACCAACGUCCUCCCUCGUGGUCAAACCCUAAUCUUCAAAGGCAGAGUUCUUACAGAUAAAAUGAGCUUGAAGUCAGUUCCAGUAUCCAACGGUUCGAAGCUCAUGCUGAUAGCGUCUCAAGGUCUUCAUCAAGGGGAUGGCCCCAUAACUAAAGACUCUACAUCUCAAACAGCUAACUCAAGGAGGAUUCUUGAUGCUAAGAAAGCCCAAGUUAGUCACACAAAGACAUUUAUUGAGAAAAGUCGGUCUGAAAAAUGGAAGUUGACUGGUGUUGUGGCCUUAUCGGAGUGCCAUUUAGAGGCAGUACCUGAAGAAGUAUGGUCUUGUGAAUCUUCUAUAAGAGUAUUGGACAUCAGCAACAACCUUAUUCGUGAAGUACCAACUAAAGUUGGAUUAUUGCAGUCACUGAAUAAGUUGUUGCUGAAUGCAAAUAAUAUAACUGAUGACAGCAUAAGUUGGGAGGGUCUAUCAUCCCUGAAGUCUUUGACUGUUUUAUCAAUUAACCAAAACUGUUUAACUAUGUUGCCAUCUACAGUGGGCACCUUAACUUCGCUUUGCCAACUCCAUCUUUCAUACAACAAGAUCACAAGCUUACCAGAUGAAUUGGGAUCAUUGAAUAAACUUGAGAUACUGAAAGUUGCCAAUAAUAGGUUGAGUUCAAUACCUUCGAUUAUAGGAAAUUGCAAAUCUCUUGUUGAGAUCGAUUUAUCAUGUAAUCUGCUAGUUGAUCUUCCAGAAACUGUUGGGAAUUUGCUUGAUUUAAAGGUCCUGAUUCUCAGAAACAACGGACUUAAAUCCCUCCCUUCAGCAUUAUUUAAAAUGUGUACUCAAUUGUCGACGCUGGACCUACAUGGCACUCAAAUUACCAAUGAUUCUCUUCGCCAGGUAGAGGACAAUAAAAGGGUUGAAGGAUGGAAAGAUUUUGAUGAACGCCGGCGUUCAAAGCAUCAGAAACAACUCGAUUUCCGCGUGGGGUCUUCAGGGGUGUUUGAUGAGGGUGCGGACGAUGAUCAAAUCCACAGAUAGAUUUCCCUUGUAUCCAUUAAUAAUACGAUAAUAUCGUAAAUGCAUGACGUUUUUGUAUGUUCACGUUGGCUCAGUUCAAUUUGGAGCAGUGGAUGAAUGAUGGUAUUUGACUUCA